AUGCUUUUUCACUGUAUAAGUAACAGUGUUGUUCCUAGCUGCAAAACCAACUCAACAGAUAACACCAACAAUAUGCCUAUGUGUUGUGCCUGGGUUACUAGACCUGGAAGUUGGCCCUUGCCCGAUGAUCAGCUGAAGGGUCUUCUUAAGAGAUAUGACAUAAACAAAGAUGGCAAACUGAGUAGGAAAGAGCUGAAGGAAGCUUUCCGAAGCCUCGGCUUGAAAUUCAGUGGGUGGAGAGCUCGACGUGCCCUUCACCAUGCAGAUGCCAAUGGAGACGGACUCAUCAGCGAAGAAGAGAUGAAUGAGCUUGUCAAACCUGGAAGUUGGCCCUUGCCCGAUGAUCAGCUGAAGGGUCUUCUUAAGAGAUAUGACACAAACAAAGAUGGCAAACUGAGUAGGAAAGAGCUGAAGGAAGCUUUCCAAAGCCUCGGCUUGAAAUUCAGUGGCUGGAGAGCUCGACGUGCCCUUCACCAUGCAGAUGCCAAUGGAGACGGAGUCAUCAACGAAGAAGAGAUGAAAGAGCUUGUCAAGUAUGCUUCAAGAUGGGGGUUUAUAAUUAGUUAG